AUGUCUUUGCCAACGAGCAACGAAGCCGCAGCGGUGCAACGAGAGAACGAAUUACGGGAAGGUAAUCUGAAUCGUGUGUCCGUCAAGGUACCGCCAUUUUGGCACGAAAGACCAGAAAUUUGGUUCGCGCAAAUUGAGGUGCAGUUUGCAGUCGCCGAUAUAACUAAUGACGCUACGAAAUUCCACACUGUCGUUGCAGCGAUCGAGUCCAACGUUGUUGCUGAUGUAGCCGAUGCCGUUUUACAUCCUCCGGCAACUGGUAAAUACAGUAAUUUUAAGAACCAGAUUUUAGAGCGGUUUGGUGAAAGUGAACAACGCAAGAUUCAGAGGCUCCUUUCUGAGGUCGAAUUAGGAGAUCGUCGACCAUCGCAGUUAUUAAAUGAGCUGACAGCGCUAGCGAAGGAUAAAGUCAGUAGCGAAUUCCUGAAGUCACUUUGGCUCCAGCGUCUGCCUCCGCAGGUACGUGCCAUUUUGCAGACAUCAAAUGUUGACCUGGUAGAAUUGGCUAAACUGGCUGAUAGGAUUUGUGAAGCGGGCGAUUACCAUCAAUUAGCUGCAGUGUCAUCUCGUGUAAGUAACGAUUCGAACGAGACAGCCAGGUUGUGCCAGCGUUUGGAUCAGAUUGAGCAGCGAUUGAGCAGAUUGGAUUUUGUUGGACGCCAGCCGUCGAGAAUGCGACAAUCCUCACGCAGAAAGAGUCGAACGCUAUCGCAGUCCUCAAACCACUCUGGUUGGUGCUGGUUUCACAGUAGGUUUGGAGAGCAAGCACGCAGAUGCCGUCAGCCAUGCACGUUUACAUCUAAUUCAAAGUCAAAAAACUAA